UCCCUUCCACCACCACCAAGAAGUGCUUUUUGAGAGUGAGAGAGAGUAAAAGGGGGACAAGGGAGCCCAGUUCGUUGCCCGUCGGUGAAUGAGCAUGUACGGACGGGAUCCAUGGGGGGGACCCCUGGAGAUCAACGCCGCCGACUCCGCCACGGAGGACGAGCGCAGCCGCAACCUCAACGACUACGACCGCGCCGCCCUCUCCAACAACAACUCCCGCCCCCUCGACGAGACCCAGCAGAGCUGGCUCCUCGGCCAGGGCGAGCAGAAGAAGAAGAAGAAGUACGUCGACCUCGGCUGCAUCAUCGUCAGCCGCAAGAUCUUCGUCUGGACCGUCGGCACCGUCCUCGUCGCCGGCCUCCUCGCCGGCCUCAUCGCCCUCAUCGUCAAGACCGUCCCCCGCCACCACCGCGCCCACGCUCCCCCCGACAACUACACCCUCGCCCUCCGCAAGGCCCUCAUGUUCUUCAACGCCCAGCGCUCUGGGAAGCUCCCUAGGCAUAACAACGUGUCGUGGAGGGGCAACUCCUGCCUUCAAGAUGGCAAGUCCGAUUCGUCCACGGUGAUGAAGAAUCUGGUGGGAGGGUUCUACGACGCCGGGGACGCCAUCAAGUUCAACUUCCCCGCCUCCUUCGCCAUGACCAUGCUCAGCUGGAGCGUCAUCGAGUACAGCGCCAAGUACGACGCCGCGGGGGAGCUCACCCACGUCAAGGAGAUCAUCAAGUGGGGGAACGAUUACUUCCUCAAGACCUUCAAUUCCUCCGCCGAUCUCAUCGACCGCGUCGCCGCCCAGGUCGGUGUUGGGGAUACUUCCGGAGGAAGCACUACUGCGAACGAUCAUUACUGCUGGAUGCGUCCCGAAGACAUUGAUUAUGCGCGGCCUGUAUCCGAAUGUCACAGCUGCUCAGAUCUUGCUGCCGAGAUGGCCGCUGCUUUAGCUUCUGCGUCGAUUGUUUUCAAAGACAACAAGGCCUACUCUCAGAAACUAGUUCACGGUGCCAAAACGCUCUUCCAUUUUGCGAGGCAACAGCGAGGGAGAUACAGUGCCGGUGGAUCAGAGGCUGCAAUUUUCUAUAACUCCACUAGUUACUGGGAUGAGUUUAUCUGGGGUGGUGCUUGGUUGUACUAUGCAACCGGUAAUUCCUCUUAUUUGCAACUUGCCACCACUCCUGGUCUCGCCAAGCAUGCUGGCGCUUUCUGGGGAGGACCAGAUUAUGGUGUACUUAGCUGGGACAACAAGCUUGCUGGUGCUCAGGUACUCCUAAGCCGUCUGAGGUUGUUCCUCAGCCCUGGGUAUCCAUACGAGGAAAUGCUGAGGACAUUUCACAAUCAGACCAGCAUAAUCAUGUGCUCAUACCUGCCUAUCUUCACAAGCUUCAAUAGAACCAAAGGCGGCUUGAUCCAGUUGAACCAUGGAAGACCCCAGCCUCUUCAAUAUGUUGUCAAUGCAGCCUUCCUAGCCACUGUAUUCAGUGACUACCUUGAUGCUGCAGAUACUCCUGGAUGGUACUGUGGGCCCAAUUUCUAUUCUACUGAUGUCUUGCGUGAUUUUGCCAGGACGCAGAUCGAUUACAUCCUCGGGAAAAACCCUCGGAAAAUGAGUUACAUUGUCGGCUUUGGUGAGCAUUACCCGAGACAUGUGCAUCACAGAGCUGCGUCUAUCCCAAAGAAUAAGGUCAGGUACAACUGCAAAGGAGGAUGGAAAUGGAGGGACACGUCAAAGCCGAACCCAAACACGAUAGUGGGUGCAAUGGUUGCAGGCCCCGAUCGGCAUGACGGCUUCCACGAUGUCCGUACUAACUACAACUACACAGAACCCACUCUCGCAGGGAAUGCAGGAUUGGUUGCAGCGCUUGUGGCCUUAUCAGGUGACGGGAGCGCUAAGAUUGACAAGAACACGAUAUUUUCCGCAGUUCCUCCCAUGUUUCCCACUCCACCACCACCUCCAGCUCCAUGGAAACCAUGAGUUUGGCUGGUGUGGGUUUUUAUGCAGCUGAGUUGGAGUAGAUAUUUCAAAGUUACCACCUGGGAAGAGGAAGAAGGUAAUGCAGGAUGAGGCGGGGAGUGUGCAUGACAAACCAAAGAAGGGAAGGGAAGGGAAGUGAGACUUCUUGACAUUUGCAUUGGCAUAAAAAAAUACUCUGAAGAACAGUUGAACCCGGGACUCUCUUUUUGUUCUUUCAAUCUUUGUGAAAUGCGCGGGGUAUAUAGUGUAUGAAGACAUCAAUCAUGUAUUCUUUGAAACUUGACGGCUUGCACCACAUAUGAUAAAACAGUCAAAUAGGAUUGUGUGCUUCUUUCUUUCUUUGUUUCAACGAUUCCAUUUUAUAAGGUGAAUUCAGCUA